AGGGGCCGAAAGCUAGGAAUAUUUUCCCAAGAUCUUAACAUAUCCUCCAAAGCGGCUCCGAAGCGACCGACAAUGGCCGAAGAACUUCACACAGGAUUUUACUUCACGCCUACACUGCACAAAGACACAUAUCCUGCCAUCGACCCGACCAGGUGUGAUCUCAGUGGUAAAUAUGUAUUCAUCACGGGCGCUUCUAAGGGCAUAGGGCGAGCAACUGCACUAUCCUUCGCUCGAGCCGGAUGCAGCGCCCUGGCACUUGGCGCACGGUCGGACUUAUCUGAGGUCGAGGAACUCGUGACACGAGCAGCGACUGAGGUUGGAAAACCGGUCCCGAAGAUCUUAAUCGUGAAGCUCGAUGUCGCGGACCAGGCCAGUGUCGACCAAGCCGUGGCCAAGAUAUCAUCUGGAUUCGGCAGACUCGACAUCCUUGUCAACAACGCCGGGUAUUUGGAAAAGCGGGCCAAGAUUGCCGACAGUGAUCCGUCUGAGUGGUGGAAGACCUGGUCUGUCAAUGUUCUGGGACCUUACCUCGUCACUCGUGCAUCGCUGCCGCUCAUGCUCGGCACGGAAGAUUCAUCGAAGAUCAUCGUCAACCUGUGCAGUCUGGGAGCACACUUAUUGGCACCCGGAGCAUCGGCCUAUCAGCCCAGCAAGUUGGCAGUGCUGAGAUGGACAGAAUUCCUUGACGUGGACCAUAGAUCGGACGGUGUGCUGACCUUCGCGUUGCACCCUGGAGGUGUUCUGACCGACAUGGGUCAGCGGUUGCCUAUCGAGAGACAGAGUGCCUUGACUGAAACGCCUGAGUUGGCAGCCGACACUCUCGUCUUCCUGACGGAGAAGCGGAGGGAGUGGCUGGCAGGCCGGUACAUAGCUGCAACUUGGGACAUGCCCGAAUUCCUGGCCAAGAAAGAGGAAGUCGUUAGCGGAGACAAGCUGAAAGUGCGCAUGGUCGUGUAGACCUCAUCCCCUAUGCCGCAGUAUAUAGACUUAGAGAUUAUCCACGUCAGGCUUCAAUCAUCUGCUGCGAAUGGUGGGGAUUGUGCAAUAACUAGGAACCAUCGGGCUUCGCAGCCUUGCGGGCAGAGAUAUCCUCAAGACGAAUUCUGUGGCGUGAAAACGCUAUAUUU